UUUGUACAAAAAUGUCAAACAAAUCCAAAUCAAAAAAUUUCCUAAAAUUUGUUAACUUUCCUUUCUUCUUGCACAAUAAAGCUUUGAUUUAUUAAAACAAUAAAAAAAAAACAAAACGAAAAUUUUAAACAAAUCACUCAGGUAUCAAAUGCUGUGUUAAAAAAAACUAUUUAAAUGUAACUUAUCAAAAAACUAAAAACAAUCCACAAACAAUGCAAAGCCCUGAACUAUUAAAUGGAAGUGAUAGUGAAGAUGAUGUACCACUUAUAAUCAGAGCACCCAGAGAAGAUCUCGAAGAUCCUGAUGCAGAAAUUAUUAUUAUAGACGAACAAAGUCAACAACAACAACAACCAGUUGUUGUUGUUGAACCGAAUGCUAUUCAGGCUGAAUUACUUCCAGUUGUUGUUCCUCCAAUCCCAGAUGUUAAUCCACCAUUGCCAGCAGUUCCACCGCCACUACCUCCAAAUGAACCAAAUGUUGUUAACGUCCCACCACCACUGCUACCGGUAACAGCAAAUGAAAGUCCUCCUAGUCCAUCACCAGCGAAAAAACGCAAACGAACUUCACCCAAACAAACACCAAAUUUAAAAACCGUCGACGAUCUUGAUGAUAACGAAGACGAUGGCCUUACCUGUCCCAUCUGCUUAGACAGCUGGGAAAUGUCGGGCGAGCACAGACUUGUCUCUCUCAAAUGUGGCCAUCUCUUCGGAGACUCAUGCAUUCGUCGUUGGCUUGUUGAAUCCGGCCGCAAUGGACUAAAAUGUUGUCCGCAAUGCAAGACGCGUGCUGUCAAUCGAGACAUUCGAUGUUUAUAUGCACGCCGGAUACGUGCCUUAGAUCGCAGUGAAGAGCAUCGACUGCGGCAGCAACUCGAUCAAGAGAAGGCCAAGGUUUCUCAAUCUCAGACCGAACUGGCAACUCUCAAAAUGAGCUACACAAUGAUUCUGCAGGAAGUUCAAAAGUUAGCUGGAGAUAACGAACGUUUGAAGAACAGCCUUCGCCAGGGCGGAAGUAGUAUCAAUUCGAACGUUGGUUCUCAAGAGACUGUAACCUGGCUCCGUUCCUACAAACUUUUCAUGGAAAAGAACAUUGAAAUAUCAAAAGACCCAGGCUGUCGGGUGAUGAUAUACUCACAGAACUUCCAAACCAUGGUUGUCUCCCAGAAAUCCUCACAGAGUCUGUUUCCAGGAUACGGACUACGAUUCAUUGAUACCCCAGUAUUUCGGCCGACAACAUUCCUUCAUACAUCGGCCAAAACCGUCAGGGAUAUAUGCUUUAGCUCUGAUCAAAGGUUGUUGGUUGUUGCAUCUAUGGAAUCCAAAGCCAAAUUAUUCGACACUAGUUCGAGAGCGCCGGUGUCUGUGUUCAGUCCAACCGAUAAGCCGUUGUGGGCUUGUUCGCUGGACAAGGGCCAGCGAGAGAAUACGAUGUAUUUAGGUGCUCAGCAUGGCAGUUCAUACGCCUAUGACAUAAGAUUCCCUGAGACAAUUGUGGAAGAAUUCAAAACCGAAGGUGACUUGAGUCCAGUGAUUAAUAUUGCUCCUGUCCCAGUUACAAAUCACUUCCCCAAUGGAGGUUUCCUAGUCUGUAAACUGCAGUCGCUGUGGUUCUAUGAAUAUGUAGGGGCUGGACAGGAAGUCCGGGCCACCAAAAUCGGUGUGGAGGGUCCCUUCAUAUCGAUGUCCUACGAAACGACUAGUGAGAAUCUGUUAGUCUUUGCAAGGAGUAGCACACGGUAUCCCCAAUCGAGAUAUAUUCUUGGUAAAUUGGAGAAAAUCGAUGAUUUGCCUGUGUUCAAUGUGAAGGUUUCAUUUUUUGGCUCGAAAGCUACACCAGUGAUGACCCGGUGUUCACAAAUUCUGGUCGAGAAUAAUACUCUGGUGGCUGGUUAUAUUCAGGAUGCCAAACUACUGUCGUUGUUUGAUAUGAAACGCGAACAACGUUUACAGUCAAUGCCUGUGCAAGAGGUUGUUUACGAUACUUGUCCGGUGUAUGUGCCGAAUAGUACAUUUUUGGGUGCUCUUACAGAGACCAAAUGCCGAAUCUAUAAGGUUAUUACUACAGACAGUGGCCGAUAGCAUUGGGUGGUAUAAACUAUUGUUUUAUUUGAUUGAACUGAAACUAUUGUUGAAUUUUGACAGUAAUCUAUUUUUGCAUUUAUAUAACUUUUUUUUUUCUGAAUUAAAUAUAUUAUAAAAAAAAAAGUUAGGUUUAAGUUUUUUGUUCUCGAAUUUAAUAAAUUCAAGACUGGAUAGAAUUUUUCUUGAUUAUUAUUUUCAAAUAAAAAAGCUUAAAUAAUUUGGUUGAAGUCUU